UCCUAAGAAACUACUAUCAAGGCAAAGGCAAGCCACGCAUCAUAAGUCUCUACACAGAACUGACAUCACUACAGAAGUCUGAGAGUGAAAGUGUGACCGAGUAUGUGAUCCGGGCAGAGACCGCAAUCACAGCGCUAAGAAAUGCCGGUGAGACAUUAAGUGAUGGACUAUUGGUAGCAAUGGUGUUAAAAGGUCUGCCGGAGUCCUUUAAACCAUUUGCAAUCCAUGUCACACAACGUGAUGAGACGAUGCAGUUCUCUGAAUUCAAGACAAAACUGCGCAGUUACGAGGACACAGAGAAGAUGCGGGCUGAAGCAGAUGACAACGUGAUGAACGUACGGCAGACGAGAGCGAGACCUGACAGACCAGCUGACCGGGGAGCCGAGAGGAGCGCCGCGGAGGUGGUGUGCUUCAAGUGCGGCCUGAAGGGCCACAUGGCCAGAGCCUGCCGACGUAAACUGUGGUGCAGUCAUUGCAAGAGCAGCACACACCGGGACGCGACCUGCAGGCGGAAGCAGCGCGGCAACCGGGACGACGCACGGAGGGUCCACGGGGAGACGGAAGACCAGGACCGAGACGAGUACUUCUUCCGAGUGAGCGAGGGGGCAGCAAGAGUCGACGUGAGAGGCCUGAUGGUUGACUGCGGGGCUACCUCGCACAUCAUCACAGACCUGGCGAAAUUCAAGCGGUUUGAUGACGGGUUCCAGGCCGAGACACACUGCGUGGAGCUGGCGGACGGCACGCGGUGCAAGGGCGUCGCGGAGCGCCGAGGUGAUGCAGAAGUCUGCCUGAUCGACAGCACAGGUAGACACCUGAACGCAACGCUGAGGCAGGCGCUGUACAUCCCAUCCUACCCACAAGACAUCCUAUCCGUGAAAGCAGCUACUGCCAGGGGAGCCACUGUGGUCUUCAAGGAGGAGAAGAACGUCCUCAUCUACCAAGACGGAGCUGUAGCCUCAGAUAAGGCCAAAGAGUGGGUUAAAGCCAUGGAUGAGGAAAUGCAUUCACUUAAAGAAAACAACACAUUUACCUUGACCAAUUUGCCAGAGGGCAAGAAAGCAGUGGGGGGUAGAUGGGUGUAUGCCAUCAAAACAGAUGAUGAUGGAUCUGAGAAGUACAAGGCCCGAUAUGUUGCUAAGGGAUAUAGCCAAAAGAUGGGUGUAGAUUAUGGGGAGACAUUUUCUCCUACAGCUAACAUGACCAAGCCUGCAACAAAAUUUAAGUUGGCAAAAUUUGCUGGAUUUAUGUUUGGGUCUAACUAAAGGAAAAUGGACUUGUUUUCUGACUAAAAUGUCAAUGUAAUGUUUUCUUUAGGUUUAUAAUGUGAGAGCAAGUGGGGGUGUUGAGAGAUGCUCUCAAUUAUACAUUUUCCUAUUUUAUGUUUUGUCAGAAUAUGUUUAAAUCGGGUUAUUUUCUUAUGACAGCAUCUUGAGUUAGUGUGAUUGGAACCACCUGUGAUGACCUGUUAAGUGGGCGUGUCUAAUAAAAAGCCUUCCUGCAUGCUGCACAGUUGGCCCCUACAAGC